AUGAGCGGCGCGCUUGAAAUCGCCCACCCGUCCCACCCCAACAGCUACGCCGCACCCUCGACCGACUCGGACAGCGACGCCUCCUCGAGCACCUCCAACGCCGUGCACACCCCCAACUCGCUCGCCAGCAUGGCCUCUCCGCCCCCCGCCGACGGCGCCGUCAAUGGCGCCGCGAGGCCGCUGCCACACCGCAAGAACUCGUCCCCGCUGAUGCCUCCUUUCAUGGUGUCCGCCCCGGGCAAGGUCAUUGUCUACGGCGAACACGCCGUCGUCCACGGCAAAGCAGCCAUUGCUGCUGCAAUCUCCCUUCGCUCGUACCUCCUCGUCACCUUCCUCUCCAAGUCGAAACGCACCGUCUCGCUCCGCUUCCCCGACAUCGACCUCAACCACACGUGGAACAUCGACGACCUGCCCUGGCCCGUCUUCUCCGCCCCCGACAAGAAGAAGUACUAUUACGACCUCGUCACCGCCCUAGACCCCGAGCUCGUCGACUCGCUCCAGCCGCACAUCAAGGCCGUGUCUCCCGACCAGCCUGAGCACAUCCGCAAGAUCCAUCAGGCCUCGGCCUCGGCCUUUCUCUACCUCUUCCUCUCGCUCGGCUCGCAGAGGUCUGCUCCCUGCAUAUACACGCUUCGCUCGACGAUACCCAUUGGCGCGGGCCUGGGGAGCAGCGCCAGCAUCGCGGUAUGCCUGGCAGCCGCGCUGCUGCUUCAGAUCAGGGCCCUCAGCGGCCCCCACCCCGACCAGCCCUCGCAGGAGUCGGAGCUGCAGAUCGAGCGCAUAAACAGGUGGGCUUUUGUCGGCGAGAUGUGCAUCCACGGAAACCCGUCGGGAGUGGACAACACGGUUUCCAGUGGCGGCAAGGCCGUCCUGUUCCAAAGGACGGACUACUCGAAGCCGCCAACCGUCACUCCACUGCGCGAUUUCCCCGAGCUUCCCCUGCUCCUGGUAAACACACGGCAGUCCCGCAGCACGGCCACCGAAGUCGCCAAGGUUCAGCACCUCAAGAACGCGCACCCCCUCAUCGCAGAACAAUUGCUCAGCGCCAUCAACGACGUGACGGAAUCGGCGCAUCGGCUCAUCUCUGCCGAAGACUUCGACCCCCAGGACCCCGCGGCCCUGCAUCACCUGGGUGAUCUGAUCACCAUCAACCACGGUCUUCUGGUCUCGCUGGGCGUGUCGCACCCGAAGCUGGAGCGGAUCCGCGCGCUCAUCGACCAUGCCGGCAUUGGAUGGACCAAGCUCACCGGUGCCGGCGGUGGUGGAUGCGCCAUCACCAUCCUCAAGCCCGAGGCCAGCAGCCGCCCUGUCUCGCGGCACAACUCGGUCAGCGUUGAAAACGGCUUGGACCUGAAGGCAGGAAGGAAGUCGAAGACGCUUGUUGAUCUGGAGCAGAAGCUGGUGGCUGAGGGAUUCGAGAAGUUCGAGACGACGCUUGCCGGCGACGGCGUCGGCGUGCUGUGGCCGGCCGUCCUGCACAACGUCUCUGGAGAAGAAGGCGGCGAGGAAAUCGACCAGGAGAAAUUCCUGAAGGCCGAAGGCAAUCCGGGCAUUGAGAAACUGGUCGGAGUGAACAUGGCCUUGCCUGAUGGUGAGGGCAACGCCGAGUACAGGGAAGGCUGGAGGUUCUGGAGGCCGUGA